UCACACUGCUUUCAAUCUUGACUUCCUGCCUUGAACUUAGAACUGUGAGGCAGUGGCGCUCAGCUCUCCGUCGCAACGGGCCUGACAGUCAAACAGAUAUCUGGCCAUCACACCUCGGACGCCUGACGAGAUGGAGUUCGCCUGUAGUCAUGUGGUGUGUAACUGGAUGCCCGACAGAACAGCAGGUCUGUACCCCACUCUUCCCAGGUCACUUAGUGGAGGGGCGACUCGGACUGCCAUCUCCAGGCCCCUCUCAGUCUGUGACCAUGACUACGACAACCGAAUCGCUGUCAUCCCUCAGCCAGGCGCGCCGCUGAUGCCUCCUCCGCUGCCCCCCCGUAAGGAUUCAUCAAAAAAACAGCCCCGCCCACGAUCAAUGCCUCCCCCUGUUCCACCUCGAGGGCUGGAGGCCAGGGGCGAGGUGCCCCUUAAAGCCAAUGUCAACGUGCUGUCACUCACUCUGGGCAGGCUAGUGGACAUCAGUAAGGCACCGUGUCUGCAGUCCAUUCAUAGCCCGGUGUAUUGUGGAAAAUGCCGGGCAGCCAUGUCAUCAGCGAGCACCCUCCAAAACCAACUCAAAAAAACGGUGUGGUGCUGUGAGUUCUGUGGGAGGGAGAACAUACUCUCACGCACUGAAGCAGGCCUGCGAGCCUCCCCCCGACGGCCCCUCCCUGGGAGAGAUGUGCUUUACCUGAGCGAGGACUCUGAUGGAGACUACGUCAACCUGGACGACAUGCUGGUGGUUUUCUGCGUGGACAUCUCCGGCAGUAUGAGCGUCACCUACGAGAUCUCUGCUGGCAGCAGUGUGCGGUCUCCAACAUACGUGUCCAGGCUGCAGAGUGUCCAGGAUGCCCUGCAGAGGGCGCUGUCCUCUUUGCUGCAGACAUCACCACACCGCAGAGUAGCUCUCGUCACCUUCAAUGAUGAGGUGACAGUGUAUGGAGAUGGCACUGGUGUCCCCCUCACUUUAAGCGACUGGUCGCUGAUGGACUUUGAUCACCUGAAGAUGCAGGGUGAGAAGUACUCCACCCCCCACUGCAUCGCCGAGUCUAUCUACCCCCUCACCCAGAGAGUCAAGGAACUUCGUGAACAUGGAGCCACAGCACUGGGUCCAGCAGCCCUCGUCUCCAUAGCGAUGGCCUCUCGAUACACAGGGUCAAAAGUGAUCAUCUGCACAGAUGGCCAAGCUAACAUAGGAUUGGGAGAGUUAGAACAAGCCACCCAGACCUCCGACUACUCCCCGUUCUUCUACAGCCAACUAGCCAAGGAGGCAUCUGACAGUGGGGUGAUAGUGUCCGUGCUGACCUUCGAGGGCACAGACUGCCAGCUGGCUGAGGUGGGACGACUGGCAGACUUCACGGGGGGGAGGGUGAACAUAGUGAACAUCAACUCAGUGUCAACAGAAAUCCAGUCUGUCCUGGCCGACAACGUCCUAGCCACCAGCGUCACAGCAACACUGCUGUCUGCGGAGGGCAUCUACUUCCCCUAUGAGGAUGACUCUGCCCACAAGUUGGUCAGAGAGAUUGGCAAUGUGACAGAGGGAGCAGAGGUCACCUUCCAGUUUGCUGUUAAACCAGAGAGCAUAGAGAGUUUCCAGAGGAGGGACAGGGUACCUUUCCAGCUGCAGCUGGAGUUUAAAACACGGGAGCUGCAGAAAGCAACGCGAAUUGUCACAGACCAGAGACGAGUCACCACUAGCAGCUGGGUGUGGGCUGGCAGCCUGAACAUGGAGGUACUGGGAGUUCACUGUGCUCAGCUGUGCGCCAGGUUGACCAUGGAGGGCAGAGUGCUGGAGGCUCAGAAACAGCUGAGAGCCCAGCAGGACCUGCUCAAGGACCUCAGUGAAGAGAGGCCCAGCCCGAAGGAAGAGAGUGUGUAUGGAAACUGGAUCAGCACCAUGAGUGUGAUCUGUGAGGACCUGACAGGACAUAACCCGGAAUAUGAGGAGAACAAUGACCUACAAGCUAGCAAUUCAACUGUUGUCAAGGGACUGUCGGACGAGGCGGCCAAGGUGGUGUACCAGAUGAAGCGGGCCAGGACCGCGGGGAAGAGACACAGUGACCAGCCUCUUGGCUCGUGAGCGUUCAGCCACUACAGUGGCAACCGCUAAAUGCAACCACGCGAUGAUCCACAGAGUGCACAAACGUUGCAUCCUUUCCAGCUGUACCACAGAAUUUCUUUUUUUUUUUUUACUUUUUAACAAAAUAAAUGUAAUCUGUUCCAGGUGAUGCAUUUUAAAAGCCUUCUAGGACCUAUGUCUCCAAAAAAAAAAGUUAUAUUUAUCAACAUAUGUUACAAUUAGAAUGAAAUAAAAUAUACUGUAUGGAAUGUAUUAUGACUACAUGUCAAAAUGUAUCUUCAAAAAUAAAUUUGUAAUAAAAAUGUUGACGUUAAAGAAUUUGUAUUGCUGAAGUUCCUGGUUGUAAAAAAGUAUGUUAAAGGAGCAGCAGUACUCCGGUACUCAUUAAAUUGUAAUGAGUUUUAUCCAGAAGCUGGGCAAACUUAUGUCCCAGCCCUGGAACCAAUAAAGAUUCCAGAUU